CCUCACAUGCUGGACAUCAGUACCAUUUUGUUUAUGAAGCAAAGACCGUGUCUGAAGCACAGAGAUACUGCAGAGAGAAACACACAGACCUGGCCACUGUAGACAGCAUGGAGGUUGUGGAGCUCCUGAACGACAUGGCAGGCCAAUACAACCAAUCAGCCUGGAAAGGGCUGUAUGAGGACGUGGUCACCUGGAGGUGGUCACUGUCAGACCCAAGCUUCUACAAACCGGGGGAGAUGGAGUUCAGACGAUGGGGGUCUGGACAACCAGGCAACACUGUGACAGAACGAUGCUCAAUGAUUUGUUCUCCUCAUGGACUAUGGGAUGAUGUUGUUUGUGACAACCGCUACUGUGCAGUCUGCUGUGAGGUCAAAGGACCGAAUGUGAGAUUUCUCUCCACUGAUGGUGUAAUGACAUGGACUGAGGCCCAGAGCUACUGCAGAGAACACCACACAGACCUGGCCAGUGUGAGAAACCCGGCGGAGGAGCAGCAGAUUGUUGAGCUGUUACCUGGAGGGAUAUAUUGGAUCGGCCUUUACAGAGACUCCUGGAAGUGGUCCGAUGGAAGUUUCUCCUCCUUCAAGUACUGGGCAGAAAAUGAACCUGAACACAGAGCUUUUAAGGUUUGUGUGGCUGCAGCUUUCCAUGACUCUGAAAAAUGGGAGGGCUUGUACUGUGGGUUGAAGAAACCAUUCAUUUGCUACGGACGUGAGUAACACGAAGAUUCACUGUUAAAUUCCAUAAUUCCGUCAAAUAAGCUA